AUGAAACCAAUUAAUAUAGAYGAAUCGUGUAUUCGAGAUUCGAAUUAUUCGCAGUUGCAAGGAAAGUGCUUAGAGCCAGGUACAGCUGCGCAUCUUUCUUCAUAUAAUUAUGAUCCAAUGGUUCAGAAGAAAACAUUUAACGAUCCAUUAUUACCCAAAAACUUAGAUAAAAGUACAAUAUUUGGAAUUAUAACAAAGACUAAAUUAACAGCUGGUGAUGUGAUUUUUCCGAACAAGUCCCCUGGGAAAAUUGGUAUUGAAGACAAAAAAGAAUUAGAAUUCUAUAAAAAUUCACAUCAUUCGUAUGGAAUUGGUGAACAAUUAAAUCGAAAGUAUACAAACAGUUUUGAUCCAGAUAAUCGGUUUGGCAAACCUUUAAAAUGGUUACCAGCUGGUGUGUGGUUUAAAAGUAAUGUUCAACCUAAAUCGUCAAAUGAAAAUAAAAACACGCUUACUGAUUGUGUUAGUAAAUUAUUAGAAAGUGAAGAGAACACACAAUGUCGUUAUCCGUAUAUCGACAACCGGCAAGGAAAAUUCAUAGGCAGAUCGUAUUUAAGAGCAAAAGAUAUUUUAACCAGAAACGAACCAGAUAAACAAUACUUUGAGGGUAUUGAUUAUUCAACAACAGUCAGUAGAUUAAAACAUCACAUCAGAGAAAAGAAAUAUGAUAUAAGGGAAUUGCAUGAAACGUUCAAAUCGUUUGAUAAGGAAUUCACGGGGUGGCUACCACUGGAACAAGUUUAUAAAAUCUGUUACCAACACAAAAUCAAGCCCGAGAAGAAAUUGUUCGAUCUUGCCUUAAAUUCUAUUAAUGCCAUUAAUAACAACAAUGUCAACUAUAAUUUAUUUCUGGAUUUACUAAAUCCAAACGUUAAGUUCUCGACCGGUUUCAAGAAAAAUAACCAAACAGAUAUCGACAGAUUCAUUCCAACGUAUAAAAACGAUUAUGGUGAUACAUUGGCUUGUAGCAUUAAAUUAAAUAAAAACCUCAACAAUUAUAGACCAGUUAAGCCAAUGAUCUUAGCCUAUCUGGAUUGUUUUGGAUCCGAAACGGACGUAAAAACGUUACUGAAUCCGACAAUAUAUUCAAACUAUGGAUUGACUUACAGAGACUUUUACAUAGGACGUAGUAAAGACGUAAUGAAUAAACUGUUCCAAGACAUGGGAGUGAUCUUACCAAAUGACAUUUUCAAUAUUAUCUGGGAAAAUGCGUACCAAUGUGAUGGCGUCGACGACAAAGUUAGCGUAGAAGUUUUUAGGCAGGCUCUUCAAGAGCUGGCAGACAGAACGGUUGACCAACGUGACGACGAAUAG